UUAUGUAAAGUUGGGUCAGCCAGGCAGCUGUUUUGUAUAAUAGGAAUUUGACUCUCGUCAUUCAUUCGCAGAGUUAAUUUCGCAAUAUCUCAGCCUGUCUGCAACAUAACAGAGAGUGCAAAUUUCAAGUGCAACCUCGUUAAUUUCCUUCAUCCACCACUCUCCUCUCUUGCUGAUGAUGACGUGAAUUGUAAAAAGAGCAGCGAGACAUUUAAAAAAGUGUUCCAAUUUAUUUUUCCUUCUGCUGCCUCCUUCUCCAUAAUCCGCUCUUUUAAGAAAUUAUUCCACCUUAUCAGUGUCAGCGAGGAGUGUGUCGUAGAAAUAUAACUCAGGGGCUGGAAGUACUUAUUAAAGGAGAAGGAAAGGCAAAAUAGAAAGUUGGCUCUAUAAUCCUUCUUCAUAUUUAUAUUUGCGUAUCAAGAUAUGUCCUCUUGACCUUCAUUGUUAGGACUGACUGAGGAGGAAUUUUAAGCACUCUGUGCUCGUGAUAUAAAACUGGUGGAGAGAGAUAAGGACAAUAAGCACUUUGGGCGACAGGAGGCGUAAUUUUUUUUUAAAAUAGCAAAGAGUAACAUAAGGAAAAGGAUGCCUAGCGUGAAUGAUGUCAUCGUCCACUGUCAAAAGCAAAUUAAAAAGGAACCUCCUGCAGAAAAGCUCAUACACUACCUCAAUAGACUGGACCGAUUGCGGGUGACUGUUCAAGACUUGAUGGACACAGGGGUCGGAAGGACUGUAAAUCAAUUGAGUAGACAUGAUGGGAAAGUGGGGAAAUUUGCAUCCAAUCUGGUCAAAAAAUGGAAAACAAUGGUUUCUGAUGAAAAUUCAGAAGACUCGGAAGACUCACAAAGCUCGAGCUCAUCAUCACAGGAAUCCGAUGCUGAUGGUGGUGGUGACAGUGAUGAUGCUCGUCCUCUGAACCAGGAAAAUGUUCAAAAUGUCAAUGGGUAUUCGAAUAAGUACGAAAAUGAUGAAUCGGGAGAUGAGUUCAAUCACGAAGGUCUAGACUCUGAUGAUGAUCGUUUGUGCAUCGCAGAUGAGGAUGCAAAUACUUUAAAGGGAGACAAGUUUAGAAAUACUGAUGGCUCAAUGAUCAAGCAAGAACGACCUUACUCAUCUGGAGAAGAGACCGACGUCUGCGAAGACAUGGACCAAGAUAAUAAUAACCGCGAUGAACCAGUUAUUCCUGAACAACACUCUUCCAAGUACAAUUCUCAAAAAAUCAAAACAGAAAGGCUAUCCGAGUCCGAUAAUUCAGAUGAUCAGGCAGAUUCUGAUACUUACCAUCAAAAAACUCAAAUUGUUCCAGUUCCUCACAAAAGUUCCUCGCAUAAUAAUCUAAAUCAUACUAACAAAAUUAAUACCAAAAUUGGCGAAGCUCGUAAGGAUGUUCCCACUAGCCAUUUUGAAGAUGCUGUAGGACAACGCACGUCCCACAAAAAAUAUGAGGAUGGCAAAUCAUCUUUAGAAAAUAAAAGUUCUUCUCAUCAUCGUUCUGAUAAGGAUAAGCAUAAAAGGGACAGACAUCAUUCUAGCGAGAGAAAUCACAAAAGGAAGGACAAGGAAAUUUAUAAUUCAUCAAAAGUAAAAGUUGAGCCACAAAGCGAAGAAAGUGAAGACCAGGAAGAUCCUUAUCAAAAUAAGCACGACAAAGGAAAUAAGCAUGACAAAGAAAAGAAAAAACACGCGGAAGAACCAAGAGAAAAUAGCAGGCACCAUAAAGAUAAGAAGGAAAGGCAUGGACAUUCUCACAAAACCAAACAGAGUCAUAAGGAUAAAGAUAAAAGCGAUAAUAAUCAUCAUAGAAGUAGAAGCAGUAACAAUCGUGAAAGUAGCAGCAGUAAUAAACGAAAAAAUGCGGAAGGUUCUGGAACAUCUUCAUCACGCAGUCCUGACCGAAAAAAAAUUAAACUGGAACAAGAAUUUAAAAAAGGCAAAGAACAUGCACUUGAAAAGAAAACUAGCAUUCACAUUGACGAAGAAAUUAAUUCUACAUCAGGGGUAAAAUUUGAAGAAUUAUUGGGAUGUUUAGACAAAAAUUUAAACAAAAGCAAGGACAAGCACAAAGACAAAGAUAAAUCCAAGAAACAACAUUCGUCUUCCUCGUCGGGUAACAAGGACAAGGAAGAAGUUACAACACUUGUAAGAAGAAAUGACUUGAAGAAAAAACCGCAUGAUAAGAAACGCAAGUCACACAUCGAGUCAGUUAUAGCGCCGCCGUUUAAUAUUAGCCCAAAUUAUAAGCCACUGCCCUCAACGUCGACAAAGUUAUUGCGCCCAGCCCCUAUGAAAAUACUCCCUGUAAAUUUAAACCUCCUGGAGACAUGUGAUCCUGGAAAUUAUUGGGAAGAUAAUCACGUCUUAAAUAAUUAUUCUAAAGAUGCCAAUACAGACGAUGCACUAUCCACUAGGAAUUUUGUUCCGUCCAGCCGAAACCAAAGAACAAAGGUUUUCUCCGGAAGAGCCAUUGGAGCCACUGGAAUAGUUCCAAGACUGUUUGACCUUUGCAUGCAAGUUAUUCAAGAUAAUAUUGGGGAUCUUGGCUACACUGGUGGAGUUCCGUAUGAAAUUUUAAAACCAGCUAUAGAACGAGCCACUGCGCAGCAACUGCUUCAAAUCGAAGAGUAUAACCCGUAUCUGAUUGGUUCCACUGAUGAUUUAUGGAGAUUUCAUUGUAAUCGAGAGUUUAGAGGAAGGGAACGUCAAGAAAUGGAAUCGUGGAGAGAGCUUUAUGAACGCUGUAUCUUUGAACGGAAUGAAAAGUUUGCCAUUGUCCGAAAGAAAAUGUUGAAGAAAGGUGAAGUGGCGGUACCGGUUCGAAAAGCAAAGUUGGCUUACGUUGAACCCGUCGGUGGACCACGCUUCAGUCGGCAAAAAGCUGCGACGAUAAAAAAUGGGAUGAAAUCGUUAAAACUAAAAGAAGAAAAAGGUCCAAGAAAAGGAGUUGGAUCUAGUGCGAGUGUCGGAUUUAAUAAUCCAACCGACAGCUCAAGAAUUGUGGAAGAACAGGCUGUACUUAUCAACCCAGAAUCACGAGCUGGGCAUGCCCCAGCCCCAUCGGUAUCCAGAGGUGAACCAGCAGCUAGGGUCAAGCCACGAAAAGCUCCAUUAAUGGCAAAAACUAUGAAGUUCAUCAGAACUCUACAACGGAGAUAGUUUUGCUAUAGCCCCAAAUUAAAUUAUCAUAUCAUGGUCGCAGACAAAUUUUUAUUAAACGCACGCCGAAACGAAUGGCAGAAAUAUACGACUACGAAUUUUUUAAAUCGAAAUCCAUAAGUAUUUUUAUAUGAUUCAUUUUUAAAUUAUCCCGACUUUUUCUCUUUCUCGUUCACUUCAACUCUCGCACUUUGUUGAUUAAGUCAUUCUGAAUUUUAAAAUGUCUAGUAUACAUAAAAUAUACCGAACAGAUGGCUAAAAUUAUUAUAAACUUGUUACUAGAAUUACAUUCUCCGCAACAUAAUAAGAUAUAGAUAUAUAUACAUAUUCGUACUUGUAUUGCAUUCCCGUAUGGUUUGAAGUUUGUUCCUGGGACCUCUUAACAGUCAUAUAUUUGUAACUUGUAACUGCAACCUGCAGCUAUCUUUUUAUUAAGAAAGAAUACCAUACCAAGUAAGUACCCUUUCAUUUUAAUGUCGCAAUUGUUUUAUUCGGAUCAAAUGAUUUUCUGUAAGAUAAUCAUUUUCGAAAUACCUGUAUUUACAAGAUAUAUAAUACGAGAUUUUGGAGCUCUUGAGUAUAUUGACUGAUUUGAGUAUAUAUUUUAGUUAUAAAUCUAAUACGAUUUGAAAGUGAUCAUAGAAAUAAAUUAGGCCGAAAUGUGACUGCUCAAUAAAAGAAAACAUUCCAGCUUCA